ACUGUCUUCACUGAGCAAUAGAAGUAACUUACAAUGGCUGGUCCUCUGGUAAAGACGGCUGUUCUGCUGGGAGUGGUGUGUGGUGCUGUGGCUGAUGGAAGCUAUGCUUCCCGCGGUGGAAACUUUGGAGGUGGAGCUGUUGGAGGCGGCUUCUCCGGAGGAGCAGGAGGUUUCGUAGGAGGAGGCAACUUUAUUGGAGGAGGAGGAGCAGGUGUUGGGGGAGGCAGCCUCAUUGGAGGAGGCGGAGGCCAUGGCGGCUUCGGCGGUGGCAUAGUUGAAGCAGGCCACCUCGUUGGACACGGUGUACUCCCUGCUGGAGGCGCCGGCUACUCCGGAGGUGCUGUCGGAGGUCACGGUGGAAGUGCUGGAGGUUUCAUCGGAGGUGGAAGCUCUUUCGGAGGCUCCGGUGUGGGAGGUUCCUUUGGAGGUGGAAGCUCUUUCGGAGGCUCCAGUGUGGGAGGUUCCUUCGGAGGUGGAAGCUCUUUCGGAGGCCCCGUUGGUGGAGUAUCUUCCGGACGCGUUAGUGGAGGAUACGGCCGAUAACUAUACUCUUAUAAAGAUAGGGAUAGAAAUAACACAAAUUAAUAAAUAUUAUCCUAUGA